AUGCAACAUGUUGACAUGGAGAUCGCCAAUCUUCCGGGAGGAGGCGUCUCCUGCGCCUCGGCCUCGCGUCAAGACUGGCAGCACAGCGACCGCAUCAAGCGCGAAUCCCGGCACAUCUACAACAAGCUCCACUCGAUCGCUCAAGAUGCCGCCUUCAUCCGCAAGGUGCACUCGUUCUUUCCGUCACUUCUGCUUACGGCCAAUCUUCGAUGUGGAGCAUGGUACACCGAUCCUCGUAUCACGUCGGCCGUGUCGUACUUCAAGUCGACCGACGGGCAUACACACCAGUGGGGGUUUAGCUUGAAGCGGUCCAACCUGUAUCUCGUUCCAAGCAUUGUUGAUGCUGGCGGUGCGAUUGUUGUCGACUCAACACGUAGAGGAAAAAGCAUGCCGGACGCGCUGAGCAAGACAAUACCAAUAUGGUGCACUGUGCUGAACAGGGCAUCGAAUCGAAAGUACGGUAGUCCCGCCCAUGGCUUGGGAGGGUACGCACUCGUGACGCCGUCAUGGAUGAUACCGCCCACAGAGCACGAUCAGAUCGAGGCCAGGAUAGACGGCUUUGUUGACACACUACUCAACUCGGAUCUCGAUGUGCCACGACUGGGAAAGCCGCUCAAGCCGAUCUUCGUCACGCCUCAGACGGACCUCGAAGGAAUCUCAACUUCGAUGCAAGCCGACCUCAGGGACUUCACCCCGAUAGUGCUGGUGUCGGCAUCGCACUUCGUUUCGGACUCGGCGAAUCUGGGCCGCGAUGAAUCGGUUGGGAUCGAAGGAUCAAAGGGUGGGUUUGUCUACGUGCAAGGUGCAGGCGACGACCACGAGAACUGGGCCAGAGGUCUGACGCCGGACAUGUUCUGGAAGCACCACGACGAGCUCCUAGCUUGCGACAAGGCCCAGAUCGAAAGCUUGGUGGAUCGGAUCGUCGCGGACGACGCAGCUAGCGAGGCGAACUUGGGUGGACACUGGUUCACACCGCUUGGCAGAUCCGAGAAUGCUUCGCAAGAGAUCGGCAAUCAGACAGCUGCAAAUGGAAGCGGUGGUGACACCGAGGUCGGUGACACAGGCGUCUUCAUCGGCUCGAGAGCUGCAGUUCACGUCUUCACGGAUGAAGAAAAGGAGCGGUACGACCUGAUCAUACACUUCACGAGCCAGCCUGCUGAUACAAGCAGCACUACACUCGAUCUCGUAGCGUCGCUGACCGCCCUCAGCCUUUCGGCUCCUCAAUCUAAGGUCCUUUCGCUGCACAUGAUGCCCAACAAGAAGGGCCUCUCUACCAUUCGCAUCACCUUUCCGCCAGUCAUCGAGGCGGCACAUCGCACCCUGACUGCAGCUCCUGCUUCAUCGGAAGCGCACAGAACGGUGCUGGUUUGUUGCCAGGAUGGCAAGGAUCUCUCUGGUAGCCUCGUCGUGGCCAUCCUGGCGUCAUGCUUUGACGAUCAACGCCGACUAAACCCCGAGUCGCAAGAGUGCACCAGGCACAGAGAGGCAAUUAGCAAAGACACAACAAAACGACGACUUCAGUGGCUAGUCAGUGCUAAUCCUCGUGCUGCCCCGAGUAGAGCGUUCCUGCUGCGAGUCAACGAACUUCUCAUCAGCCAUCGUCACAGACCGUCCACCAACACUGACAGUCUGAAGACGACACUGUCCACGCAUGAUAGAUAG